AUGACUUGGCAGGAGUUUAAGGGGCCCUUCAUGAGAUAUCAUUGUCCUCAGUCGGCUAUCGACAAGAUUCAGGAGGAUUUCUUACGCCUCCGGCAGAAAAACGAAUCAGUGAAUGAAAUAGCAAACAAUUUUAUGGAUAAGAUGAAGUUCUGUGGAGAAUUGGUAACAACCGAGAGGAUGAAGAUAAGUCGUUUUUAUGGCGUGUUAAAGGCAGAAGUUAGAGAGUUCACCACUCCCUCAAAAUGUGAAACUCUUGAAGAGCUCAUUGAUUUAGCGCGGGAUAGAGAGAUCGAAAUUAAAAGGCAAGAGGAGCGAGGUGAAAAGAGGCCGAGUGAAAAAGGUGCAAGUUUUAGUCCAUCCAAAAAGGGGAAGUUUCAGGAUCAAGGAAGAAAGGGUAAGUCGAAAGGUGGGAUUACGCCAUGCAAGACGUGUGGAAAGCUCCAUACCGGAGAGUGUUUGCUAGGUAAGAAGGGGUGCUUUAAAUGCGGUAAGGAGGGGCAUUCGUCCUAUCAAUGCCCGGACAACCCAAAGACUUGUUUCAACUGUUUCGAAAAAGGGCAUAUCAAGUCGGAAUGUCCAAAGCUUCAACAAGGGUCAAAAAAAGAAGAUAAGAAGCAAGAGGGUUCUAGGGCAAAGGGGAGAAUGUUUCAGAUCACGUCUGAAGAAGCCAAGUCCCAGUCAAAUGUGGUCUCAGGUAUUUUUCUAAUAAAUUCUAUACCGGUUUACGUUUUGUUUGACACCGGAGCUACCAUGUCGUUUAUCUCUAGUGAAAUUGCUCAACAUCCAUCCUUUAAGAUUGAACGAAUGUCGAUGCCCUUAGAAGUAGAGAUAGCAGAUAGUAAAAGUUACUUGUUGCACGAAAUAUGUAAAAAUUGCAAAUUGACCAUUGAGGAUGAGGAGUUUGCUAUUGAUCUUAUCCCCAUGAUCUUGGGGGAAUUCAAAGUAAUAGUGGGUAUGGAUUGGAUGUCUCAAAACCAUGCAGAGAUAAAAUGUGAAACCAAAUCUAUACUUCUCCAAACUCCAAGUGGAAGACGAUUAAAUGUACAAGGCGAAAGAAAGAUGGAAGCGAAGCUAUGUACUCUCGUUCAAGCCACUAAGUACGUGCUUAAUGGGAGUAGAGCAUACUUAGCUUACGUAGUAAAUACUCAACAAAGCUUCCCAAAGCUUGAAGAUGUUGAAGUUGUGAACGAAUUUCCGGAUGUAUUCCCGGAAGAAUUGCCGGGACUCCCUCCCGAGCGAGAAGUGGAAUUCAAUAUCGAAUUGAAUCCGGGUGCGAAACCGGUCGCGAAGGCUCCCUAUAGAUUAGCUCCCACGGAAAUGCGGGAAUUAAUGACACAAAUACAAGACCUCCUAGACAAGGGCUUUAUACGCCCAAUUAUGUCCUUCGGGUUAACAAAUGCGCCGGCGGCUUUUAUGGACCUUAUGAACCGUGUAUGCCGACCCAUGUUGGAUAGGUCUGUGAUUGUAUUCAUAGAUGAUAUUCUGGUUUAUUCACGAAGCAAAGAUGAACAUGCAGUACACUUGCGUGAAGUACUCGAAGUUCUCCGUAAGGAGAAGCUCUACGCAAAAUUUUCAAAGUGUGCCUUUUGGCUUAGGGAGGUACAGUUUCUGGGGCACGUGAUAAAUUCGGAGGGUGUUAUGGUUGAUCCUUCAAAGAUCGAUGCUGUAAUGAAGUGGGUUCCUCCGAAGAAUCCAACAGAGAUAAGAAGUUUUCUGGGUCUUGCUGGAUACUACCGAAGGUUCAUACAAGAUUUUUCCAAGAUGGCCUUACCCUUAACAAAAUUGACAAGAAAGAAAGAGAAGUUUGUAUGGGAAAAAGAACAGGAGGAGGCUUUUCGAAUGUUGAAAGAGAAACUAUCAAGUCCUCCGAUCUUAACACUACCAGACGGAACCGAAGACCUGGUGGUCUAUUCAGACGCUUCACACCAGGGAUUGGGUUGUGUUCUAAUGCAAAGAGGGAGAGUUAUCGCUUAUGCUUCGCGACAAUUGAAGCCUCAUGAGAAAGACCUAAAUAUGAGGCAGCGGAGGUGGCUGGAACUCAUCAAGGAUUAUGAUUGUGAUAUCCUCUAUCACCCGGGAAAGGCAAAUGUAGUAGCCGAUGCGUUAAGCCGUAAAGAGUAUCCAUCUCCCAUAAGAGUGAAAUCCAUGAAGAUGGUAGUUACGCCACGAUUACUCGAGGCGAUCCGCGAAUCCCAAAUAAAGUCGCUCGGAGCGGAAGACCUGAAGAGGGAAAGAUUAAAAGGUGUGAUCGAUGAUCUAGAAGAGAAUUCGACCGGGCUUAAGACACGGUUCGGCCGAAUUUGGAUCCCACGAUUCUGUGAAGUCAAGGCUGCCUUGCUCGACGAGGCACAUAAGUCUCGAUAUUCGGUCCAUCCCGGGGCUACAAAAAUGUAUCGGGACUUGAAAGCCAACUAUUGGUGGCCAGGUAUGAAGCGUGACAUAGUUAAAUACGUCGCGAAAUGCUUAACAUGCUCCCAAGUGAAAGCAGAACAUCAAAAGCCGUACGGAAAGUUACAACCUUUGGAGAUACCGGUAUGGAAGUGGGAGGAACUAACGAUGGAUUUGGUAACCAAGCUUCCUAAAACAAAGAAAGGGCACGAUACAAUAUGGGUAAUCGUAGACCGACUUACAAAAAGCGCUCACUUUUUACCCAUCAAAGAAGUAUUAUACCCCCUUUUGUUAAACAUGAUAACAAACUAG